AUGGUUGCCAGCAAGUCCCUUGUCGGCGCUCUCGCCCUCGCCAGCUUCGUUGCUGCCGAGAACAUCGACGUCAAGGUUGGAGAAGGCGGCCUCAAGUUCGUCCCUGACAACAUCAAGGCCAAACAGGGAGACAACAUCGUCUUCCACUUCGUCGCCGGUCACCACGAUGUCACCCUCGGCAAAUACAGUGACCCAUGCAUGCCAAUUGACGGCGCCACCAUCUGGUCCGGUGUCAUCGAUACCGUUGAGAAGGGCAAGGGUGUGACCUUCACCGUCCCAGUUCAGGAUGACAAGCCCAAAUGGUUCUACUGCGGAGUCGCCAAACAUUGCCAGAACGGCAUGAGUCUGGUCCUCAACGAGCCAUCUUCCGGAGACUCCCAGCGAGACUACAAGGACCGGGCCAAGCUGGUCCCCAAGUCUGGCGUUGCAACCGAAGUCAAGGGAGGAACCCUUGGAGGCUCCGGGGGCUCUGGCGGCUCCUCGUCUUCCUCUCAGUCCUCCGGCUCUAGCAUGACUAGCACUAGCGGAAUCCCAGAUGCUACCCUCAUCCCCAGCGGAAGCAUUCCCAGUGCAACCCAGACUGGCUCUACUACCGGCUCCAGCUCCCACUCCGCCACUGGCUCCGCCACUGGCACUGCCAUCACAGGAACUACCUCCCCAACUGCCUCUCCUGGUGCCGCCGCUGGCCUCAAGGGAAGUGCUGUCCUCGCUGGACUGGUCGCUUUCGGUGCCUGGGUUGGUCUCCUAUAA